UCCCACCUUCACAGCAUUGCCUCCUUUUUGGUGACCGUUCGGCGAGGUGACCGAGACGACUUAGGCUCCAGUCACUGUUGCCUGCCUUUUAAGGGUGUGACUGGCCCCCAAGGAGGUCACCGCCACAAAAGCGAGUGUGAUUAGCACUUGGAUGCUUAUCUCACACCAACCGACCGCGUCGCGGGUACGGGGAGUCCUUCCAGGCUUCGCGUGGGUGACUUCAGUACAGCUCCGAUAACAACAAUCGCCUCUACCAGGGGAGCGACGACGACACAUAUAAGCCUGCGAGCCCCGAGGCCUGGGUUUAGAGGAGAUAUCUCCUCAUCAUAAGCACCAUCAUCAUCCAUCAUCAUUUCAACAGGUCAGAGGCACCCGCAACGCUCUCAGUAACUCCAACAAACCACCAACACACCACAGAUACUACUCCUCUCACAUCACAUAAAUGCACUUCACAACUCUUCUCACCAUCCUAACUUUUAGCGCCAUGGGUAUACAACCUGGCGCUUCUCAUGGUGAGUUGUAUAUCUUUGGCGAUCGCAAUAUAACUUCAACUAAGCCAGGCUAUAUAGGCGUCAUCCUUUCAACUGGCGGAGAUGACUGUUACAUGCCAUGCGACGAACAAGGUGUUUGGAUUGGUCCUCGCGGCGACGCCUCGGGAAAUGACGAGGAUUCUGCCGUUGCGCUCAAGCGGUUCGAAGAUGAGCUGGCCGAGUUCCAGAGACUAGGCGAAGAGAGGUGGCCUGCCGCCAACAACGAAGCUCAAGUCAAGGUCGAGGCCGUCCAAGCUCGUGGCCCAAAAGCUAGAACGGCAAAGGCUGCGAGACGUGCUGAGCGGCGGGCCCGAGCCACUUGAACUUUGUGAAGCUGGGACGUCAUUGGGUUUUGUGCUGACGAAAGGGAGACAGGCUGUGCCAGUCCAGGGUGCCGUGGGGCAGGUCAUCUUGCGGAGUAGCUCGACUUCUGUUCCAAGGUUGUUGUUUUUGGAUUUGUCUUGAUACCCUAGGCGAAACCUCAAGGGUGAUUUUAUCUUCCUGUUGGAGAAUACAAACGUUCCAGCAAUAACAUUUGUUUCAACGUUGGA